CGGGGCCGGCGGUUUUUGGUUUUACUCGCUUGAUAAAUCUUCACUCCCGUCGUCACCCAUCCCUAAAACCCUAGGUCGUUCUCGAUUCCUUGCAAACCAAUUCCGCAUGGCGCUUUUGAUCCGCCUCCGCCGAGCCGCCGCCCUCACCUCUUCAAUCCUCAAAGAUUGUUCCUUUUCCUCCACUGCCUACCACUCUUCUCAUUUUCCUCUCUCAAAUCCCCGCUGCCCUACCGCGUCUCCUCUGGGAAACCCUAGUUUUCGAAUCCCCUCGCUGAUCCCGUCUUCGUCCUUCCACUCUUCGACUCCGUACUCUGUUAGGCGGGUUGAUUCUGACCAGGGCAGUAAAAUACCGGAGGAUGAAAUUCUCUUCGAGGGAUGUGAUUACAAUCAUUGGCUCAUCACUAUGGACUUUCCCAAGGAUCCGAAGCCCUCGCCUGAGGAGAUGGUUGAGACCUACGUCCAAACGCUAGCUAAGGUCGUUGGCAGCGUGGAGGAGGCAAAGAAGAGAAUGUAUGCUUGUAGCACGACUACUUAUCAAGGUUUUCAAGCAGUAAUGACUGAAGAGAUGUCCGAGAAGUUUAGAGGCCUGCCUGGAGUUGUUUUCAUUCUGCCUGAUUCCUAUAUUGAUCCAGUGAACAAAGAGUAUGGAGGGGAUAAGUAUGAUAAUGGAGUUAUUACUCCACGACCACCACCUAUUCAGUAUGGAAGGCAAUGGAGAUAUGAUGCUCGGAAUAGGGGAUAUGGCCAACCAAGAUACGAGAGGCAAAGACCUCCGUCUCCAAUGUAUGGAAGAGAUCCUCCACCUCAAAAUGAGCAUCAACAAAUGCAUCAAGGAAACCCAACGGCUAACUACCAAGGUUCAAAUCAAGGAUAUGGAGGAAAUUAUCCUCCACGGCAGAAUUAUGGUCCUCCUGGGCAAGAUGGAUGGAGGAAUUAUGGUCCACCUGGAGACAUCCAGAAGGGAUAUUCGCCAUUGCAGCAAGGUAAUCCACAAAUGCAGGAAGGCCACCCACAGAUGCAACAAGGAUAUGCCAGAAAUUAUGGUCCCCCACAAAACUAUGGCCCUCCUCAAGAUGGACGGAGCUACGGUCGACCCGGCGAAACACAACAGGGAUACUCCCCAGUGCCACAUGGAAAUCCACAAAUGCAGCAAGGGAAUCCACAGAUGCAAUCAGGAAAUCCACAAAUGCAGCAAGGCUACCCAAAUGUGCAGCAAGGGAAUCCACAGAUGCAACCAGGAAAUCAACAAUAUUCUCGCAAUGGUUUUAUGCAAGAUGGAGGUGCUUAUCCUCCUCAGCAGAAUUAUAGUCCCCAUGGAGAUAAACAAAGGGAUUGAGAUGGCUAACUUGGAAGUUAGGAGUUCGGACAAGCACAAUAACCAGAGGCUGGUUCAUCUAAAGGUACACUCUUUCAGAUCAAAAUGAAUGAAAGUUAUGUGUCUAGGAAUUCCUAGUUUUUCUAUGUAGUGUUUGAAUAUGUGAGUUAUUUCACCAGCAAGUACAGAAUUGAGUCCAGAUAAGCUUGAACUGCCUGCUGAUUCUCUUUUUGUUUGGGUCCUCUUUAUUGAGUUUUAUGAAACUGGAAUGUAAUUUAUGGUGGUUACUCUUUCUCAGUUUUUAAAAGUAUUAUUGCUGUUUGAUUGUACUGGGCAGAAAUCUGUAAGGAAUUCAUUGUAUGAGAUCCAUCCCAUUACAACUAUGAUAGCUAACAAUAGACUAUGAUGAACUUCUAUUUCUUUUGCAAUCAAAAAAUGUUUACUUGGCUGUAAA